GAUCGCGGGGCUGCUGCUGCUCAAGCGCGAGCAAAAGAAGCUGCAGCGGGAGCGAAAUCGGAUGCAAAAGUAUCAAGCCCAGCGGCGGCUCUCGCGGCAGCGAUCUAUCGAGGCGUUCCGGCUCUCAUCGACCAACUUGAGCGAAGCGGAGUCGUCCAUCCACACUAGUUUAUCCCGACCGCAUACCAGAUCGUCGCACUUGCGGCCACCGCCCUUGAAGCCAAUAAGCUCUCUCUCGCUGAAUAGCGAGCUCGAGGCGAGCGACGAUGCCCUAGGGGCCGCAGAGCUUCCAACGCCGCUCACGUCGUUUGACCGACAAGGCAUCCCCCACCACGGACCAAUUACAAAGAGCGACAUCCCUGAUGUAUUGUACUUUGCCCGGUAUGCCGAACUUGUCUACAACCACCAGGAGGCCAAGGCAAUCGCGCCGAUUCUGUUGAUCCACUUCAACGAAGCCAACAACCUCUUCAAGUCGCCCUAUAUGAUCAUAUUCGACCACGAAUGGCAGUGCGUGGUCAUUGCCAUUCGCGGGACAUACUCGAUCACGGACAUCUUGGUCGAUAUGCAUUUCGCAGAGGCGCCCCUCGAUAUUCCAGAGCUGCCGGAGGGAAAGCACGGCUGCCAUCCGGGGAUGCUGCGGACGAGUCUGAACAUUCUCGAGGACAUCACCAAGGAAGACCGGCUGCGCAAGAUCUUGCUCGAUCCAGAUUCGGAAUACUCGCACUACAACUUGGUGGUGACUGGACACUCUCUCGGAGCGGGAAUCGCCGCAUUGCUAUGCUAUAUGCUACGUAAAGAGGGCUUCUCCAACGCAAAGUGCUAUAGCUACUGCCCCCCGGGCCAGCUGCUCACGCGCGAAGUUGCAGAGCACUUUGCCCAGUUUUGCAUCUCGGUCGUCAACGGCGACGACCUGGUUCCGCGCACAACCCGGAACUCGCUGGAGCUCUUGAAGCGAGAUAUCGAGGAGCUGCUGGCUGACUGUGAGCUGGCCAAGUGGCAGCUGUUCAAGUCGGUCUUGGGCAACUAUUGCUGCGGCUCGCGGACAAGGUCGAAUAAGGUUGAACUGGAUCCGGAGGCCGUCCCCGACAACCUCCGUGCCCGCGACAGCAGCCUCGACAAACUUGACAAACUGGACAUGAGCGUCUUCCCAACCAAACCCAAGCUUCGUGUUGGCACAAUCACAAUGGAUGUAGAUGGAGCCGAAGCACAUGUUCCGAUCACACUCAUGUUUAUGGCCGGGCGGAUCCUCUAUAUCGAAAAGCUGCCAGUGGAUCUGUCGAUCUCGUCCGAUAACAUCAACGAAAACGCCACCCUCAAGAAGCAGCUGUCCUUCAACGAAAUCCGGCCAACAAACAAAUCGCACCGACACAGCGUCCUCGCUGUCUUUCGGCCCGACUGGACCAAGCCCCAAGACCCCAUUCCUGCCGGAGACAGCAGCCACCUGCCGCAGUCGUCGCCCUCAACCCCACAGUCUUCGGCGUCGGCAAUAUCAGGGACGGCGUUCCGGUACAAGUACGUCCCGCGGUGGGCCGAGCGUGAAGAAUUUUGCGAGAUCAUCUUGUCCAAAAGCAUGCUGACAGACCAUUCGCCCUUUGCGGUCAUCAAGGACUUCUGGAAGAUGUCCGAGGGCCAGAUUCUGCAAACCCUGCGCAAAUGACAGCUCCGUCUUCGGAACCGGCGGCUCAGAGGACCGCCGCGCUCGCGAGAAUGGCACGAUUCGUCUCGCAGUCUGGGCCGAUGCCCACCUUCUGGAUCCUGAAUACACGCGU